ACAGAAUGGAUGGAAACAUUCUAGAAGCUGUUGUUGUGCAGAGGUUCGAUUGAACUUGAGACUGGUGUUGCCUGUUAAUCGAUUAUCAUUAACUAAUUAUUGCUCUUCAAGCUGUGAAACCCAGCGGAGUGACUAAAUCCUUGAUUUUUUUUUUGUUCAUUUACCUUCCCACAAUUUAUUACAUUCCCUCGAUAUUUAUUUGUCCUCUGGCUGCACUGCGCGCUGCAUCACACACACACACACACACACACACACACACACACACACACACAAACACACACACACACACACACACACACACACACACACCGGAAAACAUGGUUGCCUUAAAAAAUAAAAGCAUGUUUUUCAAGGUUUUUUUCCCCAUCCUAUUUCAUGUUAACCCAGUAACUAUCAUGAGUUCUGUUUUAGUAAAUGGAUUAGACCAAGGGUGUCGAAAAUAUGGUCAGAGGGUCCAAUCCAGCCCGCAGAAUGAAUCUGUGAAAUCAUCAACACAAUCUAAUUAUAAUGUGACAAACUAUAUUUUCCUGUGACUAAAUGCUGUUGUGCAUUUGUAGAUCCACUGUGAUCUGUAAAUUGUUAUGCACAUGUGAAAAUGGGAAACUUGGGCAUAAGAUUGCUUGACUUUGCACUUAUUUUUCCUCAAUAAACUGCAGGUUGUUCAUAAUAUGCUUUUGUAAAAGAAAAAGAAAAAGAAGAUACUUCAUUAAAUAUUAAACAAAGAGAAGUUAUUAUCAAGCUAUUAUGCUAUAAUUUUACUGGUCCGGCCCACUUGAGAUCAAAUGGCUUGACAUUCCUGGAUUAUACUGUUAAAUCAACAACAGGAAUACAAAUCACAGAAAGAAAAUUUGCUGUGGGAAGUCAGGGAGAUUAGAUAAGAUAAGAUGAGAUAAGAUAAGAUGUGAUAAGAUAAGAUAAGAUGAGAUAAGAUGAGAUAAAAUGAGAUAAGAUAAGGGGACAUUUACAGCAGCACAGACAGUAAAGAAGAAAGGCGAGUAGAGUUAAGUGGAUUAAAAGAGACUGUAGUUUUUGUUAGAUAAUGCACUUUUGUACCUCAUUUGGGAAUGUCAUAUAAUGUUACUUUUGCCCUCUUAACUUCAAUGUUCCAAAAUGUUAUGAGUUGAAUAAAAUGCACAUUUAAAUUGUAUAUGGAUUUCCUUUUGUUGUUGUAAACUAAGUAAGUUGUGUGUUUUCUUAGGGCUCACACAUUUGACUGCUUGUAAUAACUGCUCUCUGAAGAAAGACUUGGAAAGCAAGUGUCCGUUUUAUUUUUGGAAGAAAGACUACUGCCGGAAGUGUGUGAUUUGAUGUCGGCUCACUUGCCAUUACGCGACUUCCAUGCAAACUUUGUGGGAGCGCACAGGCGCACUGUUCACUGUCAAACACGGCUGUGUUCAAGUGAAGAGACUCCACGCUGCAGUGACCACGGCGCAAACACAGACGCGGAGAUUCAAACACAGAAAUCAGGAGAUUACGCAGGUUUUACGCACAACAGCAGCAGCAGCAGCAGCAGCGGCGGUGCCGCCGGUGGUUUUAUUGCGUUUACUUUGUCUGGGGGAACUUUGUUUUUUUUUUUUUUUAUCCGUGGACCUGUUGUCUACAUGAUGUGGGGGAUCCCGAGAACGCGGUACGCGGACUGCAACAGCUCUGAAGCCAGUGGGGAGGCAGAGAUUGUUGUGAACAUCGGCGGAGUCAAACAGGUGCUGCAUGGAGACGUGUUGACUCGUUACCCGGACACGUUGCUGGCUGAACUGGUGGACUGUUCACCAAAGUCCUCGGAAGAAAUCCUGUCACUGUGUGACGACUACGACCCUGACACUGGGGAGUUUUAUUUUGACAGAGACCCUGAAGCAUUUAAGUGCGUUAUUGAGCUGUAUUAUUAUGGAGAGAUACACAUGAAAAGAGGCAUCUGCCCUAUUUGUUUCCUGAAGGAGAUGGAGUUCUGGAAAAUCGGCGCAGAUUAUCUGGACGAGUGUUGUAAAUGCCACCUGAGUGAGGUGCAGGAUGAACUUGCAGAGAUUGCAGAGAAAGUGAAAACUAUCCUGGUGGAUAGAGAAGGAGAUCCGGCUGCACGAGGCUGGCAGCGCUUCCAGAACUGCCUGUGGAGGCUGAUGGAGAAACCAGAGUCCUCGCUCCCUGCGCACAUAAUCGCGAUCAUUUCUUUCAUUUUCAUCCUAGUGUCCUCCGUGGUCAUGUGCGUCGGGACCAUCCCCGAGCUGCAGGUGGAGGAUUCAGAGGGGAACCUGACGGAGCACCCGACUCUGGAGGUCAUCGAGACCGUGUGCAUCUGCUGGUUCACCGUUGAAUACAUCCUGCGUCUGAUCUCCUCCCCCAACAAAGUCAAAUUCGUCCUGUCUUUCAUGAACAUCAUCGACUUCAUGGCGAUCAUGCCCUUCUUCGUGGUGCUCACUCUCACAUCCUUUGGCGCUGGGAUGAUGGAGCUGGCUAACGUGCAGCAGGCGGUGCAGGCUUUACGCAUAAUGCGCAUAGCGCGCAUUUUCAAGCUGGCGCGCCAUUCCGCCGGACUCCAGACUCUCACAUCUGCCCUGAAGAGCAGCUUCAAAGAGCUCGGGCUGCUGCUCAUGUACAUGGGCGUGGGGGUUUUCCUGUUCUCCGCGCUGGGCUACACUAUGGAGCAGAACCACCCGGACACGUUGUUCACCAGCAUUCCACAGUCGUUCUGGUGGGCUGUCAUCACCAUGACCACAGUGGGCUAUGGAGACGUUUACCCAAAGACCACUUUGGGUCGGUGUAACGCAGCCAUCAGCUUUCUGUGCGGCGUGAUCGCCAUCGCGCUGCCCAUCCACCCCAUCAUCAACAAUUUUGUCAUGUUCUACAACAAGCAACAGGUGCUGGAGACUGCGGCCAAGCACGAGAUCGAACUGAUGGCGCUGCGCUCCAGCGCCGGCGAGCUGACUGCUGCGCCCAGCGCCCACGGACACGUUUGUGGCGCAGGGGUGUGGGGGGACCACGCCGUGCACUCCUGUCAUAGCGACACAUACAUCCCUUUACUGAAGGAUCCCAGAGGAGGAGGAGGAGGAGGAGGAGGGGCUGGAAUGCCGACCCCCAGCAAGGACACGAGCUUCGAAAGCACAGCAGAGGCCAACGAAUAUUUUGUCUCAUGAAUAGAAAUAGAACAACAAAACCACCACAAAAACUCGAUGUAUUCUAACUUAAUCCACCAACUCUGGGUUAACUGUGACUCGACAUUGUAAUAUAGCAUCGAGGAAGCUGCAGGAAUGGUCUCAAAGGACCUUUUUUUGAAAAGGAACACACACACACACACAGAUGUGAGGUAUUGACUCGAUGAGCUGAGUUCCCUGUAGGUGAAGGAGUUCUGUUUGAACAGCCACAUACACAGUUUCCUUAUAAGUCGACUCCUUAUGUAACAACUCCACGUUCCCCAGUCCUCACACACUCACACUGUAGACAGCACAGUAGCUUAUUCUUAUGUACAUAAAUACAUCACAUCAAAUGUUUUAUAUAGAUAUAUAUAAGAAAAUAUAAGCCCCUGCCUCUUGGGGGGAAGUGUACAUGAAUAAUGUGCAGGAACAAAAGUGAGUGAUAGUGUUUAAAAUUGAUGCCAUACAUUUCUCCAAAUCCAGAAUAUAAAAGCAACAUAUGAUC